AUGUCUGCGCUGCUGCGUGAGCUGUGUCCUGUGAGCCUCCUGCGGCCUACGUUUCCUUCUUCGGUGAAUUCGUCGUCUGUAUCUGCCCUUGUCUCGGUGUACAAUGACGCCGUAUCUCGUGACGCGGCCGGGUUGGAGCGUGCUUUGCGUGAGGUGUACUCGUUGGAUUCUGUCUCACUUCCGGCAGUGAUCGACUUCGAGGGCAUGUCGUCGUAUCAUUCGUCCGUGCUGCGUGGCUGCAGUUUGUCGCUGUGGUCGUUGGUUGCGUUAAACUGGAAGGGUUGCGUGUUACGCACUGAUGAGGGUUUAUACGGUGCUUUGCAGCGGUCGUUGCACGGCGUCGAUGGCGACGCUCUCUCGACUCUGACUGCGGCUAUGUUCUUUGCGCUUCUGAGCGUAGGUGUUGUCGUGAGUAAUUCACCGCGUGUCAGUUGUCCGGCAUAA